AUGUCUGCGAUGUUUCUUGAGAUUUGUGGUGAAUCGAGUCUCGAAACGUAUCCAGUGGGUUGGACUCGCGAGGCUAUUUCGGGACUCCCAGUGAUGUCCAAGAUCGAAAUUCUGGACGCUAAUGUAUGGUCUAUGUUAUCGACGCCACACGGACUACACAGACACUUGACUACUCACUUCCUGGAGCCAUAA